AUGGCCGACGACAAUGCCGUUGCUGGCAGCAGCCGCAGCAGCCGAACCGCUGAUUCGCAGCCAUCCUCAGCUUCAUCGCAAGCUCCUCUCGCAUCUGCCUCCAACAGCAGCUCAAUGAACAGCGUCUUCGAAGCAGCAUAUCGACCCCAAUCACGGUUCAGCUUCCCCGCAGCAGCACAGCCCGAAAUCGUGCGAGCCUAUCAAAAAGAUACCUACUACAAGGACCUCUUCACGUCCCAGGUCUCCGAUGUCGUCCGUUCGCUCUUCGGUACUCGUGUGCAGCACUCCCACGUAUCUUCCAUCUCGCUAGUAGGAGCGCUCGGCUACUACCUCCUUUCGACUUCGUCGAUACCAGGCAUGGGCGACGGGCGUGGUGGUCAGACGCUGGGCGAGGAAUACGUCAAUGCGAUACCCAAAGAAGUUCGGACGGGUCGCAUCGUUACGCUUCCGAAACGAUUGGCGUGGAUCCUUCUGCACGUCCUGGGCCCCUACUCCCUGACAAAGCUGUACGCCGCGAUUCGGAGGUAUUCCGUGUCGACCAAGGAGAAGCUCGAUGCGGCGGAGGCGAGAGCGAGAGCACGUGCACGCGCUCUGGAUAAAUCGUUCGAUGCUUCCGCACACAUCAGCGCGCACAGACGCCUCGUCACUUGGUUGAGCAGGUCGCUGCCUCCGCUGGAGACCUUGCAGUCCUCAGAUGGGUGGCUGGCGUAUCUUUCGGCGGCGCAUUUGAUGCUGUUCUACUUGGGUGGCAAGUUCUACAGUGCGGCGCAGAGGGUGACCGGUGUCACCUACAUUUCGACGUAUCCCAAGCGACAAGGAUACCAGCCACCAUCGUACGAGGUCCUGGGAGUGUUGUUGGGGAUCCAGCUGUCGGUCAAGCUGUUGUUGGAGGUGAGAUCGUACAGAAGGAGCAAGAAGAGUCGAGCAGAGGAGAAGCGGGAUAGCUCGGUCGAAAAGCAGUCAACUGCAGCUGUGGAUCCAUCGACGACAGUUGUGAUCGACGAUUCGAUCUUUUCGCAUGCCUCACAACCCGCACGACGAAUCCCCUCUUCUCACCACACCUCCGACGACCUCCACCAGGAAGCGGAUGCGAACAACGUCGAUCUGCUCUACCCGCAUCUCCCAGACGACACCUCCGACAAACCCGAAUCGGACUCGGUCGCCAUCGCCAAACUCAACACCACCGCAGCAGCCACCAAUGCGCAGAGCACGCUCCAGUGUACGCUGUGCAUGGAUCAGCGUGCACCUCAUCGCGGUUCGUCGGCGGUGACAGAGUGUGGACAUUGCUUCGAUUGGUCUUGCAUCACUGCUUGGAUCGCAGAGAAGCCAGAGUGUCCGUUGUGUCGACAACCGCUCCAACUACACCGCAUCUUGCCGAUUUACAACUUUUGA